AUGGAACGUAUCGCUGAUGAAAUAUAUUCCUCACGCGCAGUCCUCACAUCCCGCGAGCAUGGUGUCGCGACGGUUUGGCUGGUCGCGACACUUGGCGCGAAAUCAGCAACUAGAAAGGUGAAUCGCAAGGCUAUUCUCGAGGUUGACGUGUCAAAAGCUUGCGAAACCAUUAUACAUCCUGAGGCGCCGAUGGCCUUGAGGCUACAGGGGAAUUUGCUGCCUGACCAGCUUGUCCUUCCAGACGACCCUUCUUUCAUACCUGAUUUAAUGCUCCCAGGGCUAAACGUAGAUCUCUCUGCGCUGGAAAUCUCCUCAGACAUCGGAUCUCCUCGCAAAUCCAGCCUUUUAUCAAGUGUCCUUGUCCCAUCAAGCAAAUCUAGCCAGCUCUCAGAUGGCCAGCUUCACUUAAACAUCUCGUCGUCAGAUAUAGGCGGUCUUGGUGCGGGUGCCUCUGGGUUCCCCAGUGAUAUCGGCAGCAGUGCUAGGAAAGAAACCCAAUUUGAGCUUCCAGCACCGUUCGCGGAAGAGACUGGUUUUUUGCUGCAACCCGACUUUGAGUUCGACGGCGAAGGAAAUAUAAUUGAACUAACAGUAAAGCCAACUCCGAAAGAAAAAGUAACUGCGAUUUCUGGACGGAGUUCCGCCAACGUCAACUCUAGGCGGAUGGCAGAAGAAGGAGAUUUCCAAGCUUUUCAACAUCAGUUCGAAGACGGGAUGGUUCUCCACGAUGACGUGGAAAUGAAUGAUGCAGCCCGUAGCAACUUUGGCUCUGGAGAUCCGGUUUCAAUACUCGAUUCCGGAGCCGAUCCUAGCUUCGAGCCGUCAACUGAAAGAUCAUCUGAAACCCCAAAGGCGCAGCAUCGUUUAAGAAAAAGGGUUAUUAAAUAUUUCGGAUUCGAUGACCCUCCAGAAUUGAGAAAUUCUGAUCUAGCACGAUGGAAUUCGGAUUACGCGCAGAACAUGGCUCUCGCAGCAAAACUCAAACAGAAUAACAAACUUAUAACCUCUGCAAAGAAAAAUGCUGCGUACUGGGUAAUGGGGGACAGAACUUGCCGUGUCGGCAUUGCCUUGGGUGUUUUGGAUUGUGAACACCCUCUGGAUAUGUUCUCUGGAGAGCAGAUGCUAGCGACGUUAACAGGAAACAAAAUCAGCACAACUCAUCGCAAACGAAGCCGGGAUGCGGACGAAGAUGCUGAUUCAGAAGAUGAAACGAGAAAUGUGCGUAUGAGAGGAGAAUUGGAGGAUGAAAUUGAACGUGGACAUGUGAUCGAACAUGACGAUAACUAUGGCAUCGGAUUUGAGCUUCAGGACAUCGAAGUAGGCCGCCACGCGCCUCCGCCAAUGUACGAUGAUGCUUCCUCUCAAAUGCCAUGGAAUAUCACUGCUUCAAUCCGAGGCUCCCAGCCAGGCUCUUCCAUCCACUCUCGCCAAUUUCUCCCAAGCGUGGGGGGUUAUUCCAGCAUUGGUGGUCCUCACUCCAUCACAAGUGGUGGUGGCCCAGACGGAAGCGUCAUGGGCGGCCCAUCAACAGCAUUUGGAAGACGGAUGAGACGGAUGACCAGUGCCAGUCCCCUCGCCAGCCGCGGGAGAAUUGGCCAAGGUAUGGGAGAUAUUUCAAUCGCGGAUGAAGAGGACUUCGACGUGAGAGACAACCUAGACAGUAACAUUGACCUCGAUAUCUCCGUCGUGGGACACGAUGAUAUCACCGCCAUCCGUAGCCAUCAUCACGAUUCCUUUGAAUUGUACGGACCUGCUGCUGCGGUUGAUACACAAACCGCCGCUGAAUCUCAAUGGCUUGCAGCCACUUUAGAUCAGGAGAGUGCGAAUUUCCUUGACUUUGUCAAAAAUAAAAUUGGAGAAGCAGGUGAGGAAAAUGUAAACACUCCAACUGCUGCUAGUACUAAGGGCGGGCAUCAUGACGAUGAUGAUGACGAUUAUGCUGCUAUCCCUACUGCAUUCGUCGAGAUUUCAUUUUCCACCCUCCUUCCAUCAGCAGUCAACAGCCGCAUUGUCGCCACGCAGGCACUGCUUCAUACCCUCACGUUAGCGACGAAGGGAGCAUUGUACGCGAGGCAAGAGAAGUGUAUUCGAUAUGAGAAUGGUCAUGAGGAGUUUGGGGAAAUUUUCAUACGGCUUGCAUGA